UUCUCCCGAGCUGGGCAAAGACAGGACCAUGGACUUCCAGGAGCGGGAAGCGCGGAGGCGGCGCAGCUAAGCCCUGCUGAGACCUCCGGUCUGGCCAUGGGCGACCGCGAGCGCAACAAGAAACGGCUGCUGGAGCUGCUGCAAACUGCGGGCACCGGCAACACGCACUGCGCCGACUGCGGGGCCGCGGAUCCUGAUUGGGCCUCUUACAAGCUGGGGAUUUUCAUCUGUCUUCACUGCUCUGGCGUCCACCGCAACUUCCCAGACGUCAGCAAAGUUAAAUCCGUGCGACUGGACUUCUGGGACGACAGUAUGGUGGAGUUCAUGACCCUCAAUGGGAAUCUCAAUGUGAAAGCCAAAUUUGAAGCCAGAGUCCCAGCUUUCUACUAUGUCCCUCAGGCCAGCGACUGCUUGGUUUUAAAGGAGCAAUGGAUUCGAGCUAAGUACGAAAGACAGGAAUUUAUAGCUGACGAGAAAGCCGUCACAGCCCCAGGUGACAGAGAAGGGUUCCUGUGGAAGCGGGGGCGUGACAAUGCCCAGUUCCUGAGAAGGAGGUUUGUCCUUCUGGCAAGAGAAGGCCUCCUGAAGUACUACACAAAAGAGGAGGGUAAAGCCCCCAAAGCAGUCAUCAACAUCAAGGACUUGAAUGCCACCUUCCAGACAGAGAAGAUAGGACAUCCCCACGGUCUGCAGAUCACCUACAGGAAAGAGGACCACACCAGGAAUCUCUUUGUGUAUCAUGACAGUGGGAAGGAGAUAGUGGAUUGGUUCAAUGCUCUCCGUGCGGCCCGCCUGCAAUACCUAAAAUUGGCCUUUCCUGAUCUCCCGGAGUCUGAGCUCGUGCCUCUCCUCACCAGGAACUACCUCAAACAAGGCUUCAUGGAGAAGACCGGUCCAAAGCACAGAGAACCCUUCAAGAAAAGAUGGUUUGCUCUGGAUCCCUUGGAGAGGAGGCUACUGUAUUAUAAGAACCCUCUGGAUGCUUUCGAGCAGGGCCAGGUUUUCCUGGGAAGCAAUGAGCAGGGGUAUGAAGUAUGCGAAGACCUGCCCAGGGGCAUCCGAGGGAAUCGCUGGAAGGUUGGACUCACUGUCAUCACUCCAGAGCGGAAGUUCAUCUUCACCUGCCCCAGUGAGAAGGAACAGCGAGAAUGGCUGGAGAGUCUUCAGGAUGUCCUGUCUAGUCCCCGGUCGCCCCUCCACCUCCUCACUGCAUCAGCAGAGAGUGGCUGUGGCCUCAGGUGACCCAUCUCGGAAGAGUCGGCUGGCCACCGAGCACCUGAAAUCCCCAAGAAGUGUUCACCUCUGCCCUGGUUGUCCAGAAGGAAGCCCCGAGACCAGCAGCAGCUGCUCCUGUCAAUGAACUCUGUCAAGAUCGAGGGUGUGGUUUAUCUCGUGGCUCCCAGGAUCCUUCGAGCAAACAUUUCCCAGUCUUGGGGAGCUGGUACUGAGAAGAAUGUAGCUCUCCAAGCUUAGAAGACCUGAAGGCUUUCUCAUAUUUGCACCGAGAGCAGGGUGAAGUGAUGCAUGCCUGUGGAGAGGCAGGAGUGCCAUGAGUUUGGUGCCAGCCUGGACCAUACAGGGAGUUCAAGUGCAGCUCAAGACCUUGUUUCAAAAAACAAAGACAAAAACAAGCGAACAACAACAAAAUCUACAGAGAGGGGGUAAAGACAUUGCAAUAUAAAAAACACCCUCAGCAUCAAGAUUGUGCAAGUAGAAAAAAUGUAAAUGUUUAAUCUGAACCUAACUAUGAAGAAAUAAUAAGAUAUUUCAAUAUUACUUACAUGUUGAUAUACAACUAGCCUGGACUUUUCAAAUAUCAAUAUUAAAAGAUAAAAUUGGCCAUACAUGGCGAUACGUGCCUCUAGGUCCAUGCACUCAGCAGGCAGAGAGAGGUAAAUCUCUGUGAGUUCAAGAGCAGCCUGGUUUAUAAAUCAAGUUCCAGGACAGCCAGAGUUAUAUAGAGAGAACUUGUUUCACAAAACAGAGGGGAGAGGGAGACAAAGACCAAAGACAGGAGUAGUGUGGUACCUAUGAUGUUUGCAUUAGGGAAGUGAAUCAGAGGUUCUGCUAUUGUCCAUAGAGAGCUCAAAGCUAAUGAGACCCUGAUUCAAAGGAGAACAAACAAAAAACACAAAUUAGGGCUGGGGAGAUGGCUCAGCAGUUAAGAGCACUGGCUGCUCUUCCAGAGGUCCUGAGUUCAAUUCCCAGCGACCACAUGAUAGCUCACAACCAUCUGUAAUGAGAUCUGGCACCCUCUCCUGGCCUGCAGGCAUACAGUACAAAACAAAUAAAUAAAUAAACAAAUAUUUAAAACAAACACCCCCCCAAAAAAAAGCCAAUACCAAAACAUGGCAACCAAAUACAGUUGGGAAAAUAAGAGAAGCCCAGGCUGGAGAGAUAGCUCAGUGAAUAAGAGCACAGACUGCUCUUCCAGAGAACCUAGGUUCAAGUUCCAGCACCCACUUGGCAGCUCACAUCUGUUUGUAACUCUAAGAUCUGACACCCUCGAACAGACAUGCAUACAGGCAAAGCAGCAGUGUACAUAAAAAUCAUAAAAAUAAUUUUAAAAAGAGAGGCAUUGGAGUUGGAGAGAUGGCUCAGCAAUUAAGAGCACUGACUGCUCUUCCAGAGGACCCAGGCUCAAUUCCCAGCACCUUCUUGGUAACUCACAACUAUAAUUCCAGUUCCAGGGGAUCUGACACCCUCACACCAAUACACAUAAAAUAAAACAAAGUGAUUUAUUUUUUUUUUCAAAGUGAUUUUUUU